AGAAAUUUUUCCGUACCGUCGCAAUACCCAGUACCAUUCUUGGUACCGAAUUUUAGAAAGCACCACUUCGCGACCAACAGCUGCACCCGUCGCGCAUAUUCUACGAUUCCGACCGCGGACGGAAGACAUCUUCCGUAUAAAUACAACGGGUUAGGUACACCCGUGGAACAGAACAGCACAUCUCUCAGCAUGGCGACACAAGACGUUUCCGCGCACGAUACUGAGCCGCAGCCAGUCCCCAAAGAGGAAAUUGCAGAAGAGCCACAGUCGAAUUUGGACGAGGGGAGACUGAGGCAGUUCUUUAUUGGUUCCAUAGACCAAGGAACUACAAGUACUCGCUUCAUUAUUUUCGACGGCCUUGGUGAGCCCGUAGCUCAACAUCAGAUCGAGUUCAACCAGCAAUAUCCUCAGUCAGGAUGGCAUGAACACGACCCGAAAGAGAUCAUUCAUUCGGUAGAACAAUGCAUUGACCGGGCUACGAAUAUCUUCCUCGACAACGGCCAUGAAAUCGAAGACAUCAAGGCUGUCGGUAUCACCAACCAGCGUGAAACAAUAGUCGUUUGGGACACCAAUACUGGUGAGCCAUUAUGUAAUGCGAUCGCUUGGCCAGAUACGAGAACCAAGGGAUUGGUCCGUGAGUUGAAGAACAAGGAGGGCGCUGAUGACAUACGCAAUAUGUGUGGACUUCCUCUAUCGACCUACCCAUCAUCAGUCAAGCUCCGGUGGCUGCUUGACCACAACGAAGACGUUCGCAAGGCAUACGACGAGGAGCGAUUAUCCUUUGGAACCAUCGACACAUGGAUAUUAUAUAACCUGAACGGAGGACCAGAACAAAACAUUCACGUGACAGACACUACCAAUGCGUCUAGAACCAUGUUCAUGAACCUGCACACCGUUCAGUACGAUGACAAGCUCUUGGAUUUCUUCGGAAUCGAUAAAAACAAGGUCAAGCUACCAAAAAUUGUGCCGUCUUCAUCGCGAGACGACUUCGGAUUCUUGCGUUCCGGUAUAUUGGAAGGUGUUCGAAUUGCAGGGUGCUUGGGUGAUCAAUCGUCAGCUUUGGUUGGUCAACAAGGCUUUACGCCCGGUUCUGCGAAGAACACGUACGGCACUGGUUGCUUCUUGCUUUACAAUGUGGGAGAAAAGCCUGUCAUUUCUUCGCACGGGCUUCUGGCUACUGUCGCAUACGACUUUGGCGGAAAGCGGAAACCCGUAUAUGCACUCGAAGGCAGUAUUGCGGUUGCGGGUAGUGGCGUCAAGUUCCUCAUGAACAACAUGGGCUUCAUCACACAUUCACACAAGAUUAGUGAUCUUGCGGCUUCUGUGGAAGACAACGGUGGUUGUGUCUUCGUAACAGCUUUCAGUGGUCUCUUCGCUCCUUACUGGAUCGACGAUGCUAAGGGUACUAUUUUCGGUAUUACGCAAUUCACUGAGCGGGGACAUAUCGCUCGCGCAACCUUGGAAGCGACCUGCUUCCAGACCAGGGCAAUUCUAGACGCCAUGGAGCUGGACAGUGGCCACAAGCUUAACAUGCUUGCAGUCGAUGGUGGAAUGAGUAACUCAAACUUGUGCAUGCAGACUCAAGCAAACAUCAUCGGCAUUCCCGUCGACCGCCCCGCCAUGCGCGAAACUACAGCUUUGGGCGCAGCCAUCGCAGCUGGCUUUGCUGUCGACGUUUGGAAAGAGUUUGACGAACUAAAGGAGAUUAAUCAGAAAGAUCGCAUGGUCUUCAAGCCAAAUGUCGACAAGGAGGUAGGCGAGAAGAUGUUUAAGAAGUGGGGAAGGGCCGUCGAGAUGUGUCGUGGUUGGUUAGAUGCUGGAGAAGCCAACGGAGAGUUCUCAUGAUCUACGCGUAUUAUGGAGAUUUAUAUAUCCGCAACCGACGUGAUGCUUUCCUUGGCAUCCUCGUAUGAAGAGUAAUGAACUAGUU